AUGGGUCUUUCAUAUAAUGUCUACUUAACAGGCUCAAAAAUAUAUAGUUGUUCUAAAUGUAAAACUCAUCUUUCUGAUCAUAAAGAAAUUGCUUCAAAGGUAAGAAAUAGUUUAUUAAAUGCGUUCAGGGGACAACAUGGACGAGCAUAUUUAUUUAAUACAGUAGUGAAUAUAAUUGAGUCUCCCAUGUCUGAAGACCGAACUAUGACUACUGGUCGUCAUAUCGUACGCGAUAUCUCUUGUAAACAAUGUGGUAGUGUAGUUGGCUGGAAAUAUGAUAAAGCCUUUGAGUCAAGUCAAAUGUAUAAAGAAGGAAAGUAUAUUUUAGAGAUAGAACUCUUAACAAUGAAGACAUAA